GCCCAGCAGCGAAGUAUUAUCCUUCCCUCACCCCUCACAAUUUGUUUGUUUGAUUGUUUUUUCCCUUCCUACACGAGGCCUGGUGGUGCCGACAGUAGGUUGUUUCGCCACGUGUCUCACAUGAAAAGAAAAGGGGAGGGUACUCAAGGAUUCGAAUUUAGGUGACUCGCACGCACGCACGCACACACGCACGCACUCAUCCCGCUCGCUUCAGAUUGCACACCUCGAGCUUCCUCUCUUUGAUAUAUAUAUAUAUAUAUAUAUAUAUAUAUUGUAGCAUUUUUUUUCCUGCUGUUGUUUCUUGUUAUCCCUAUUUUCUUCUCUUUUGUUUUUGAAUUGUAGCUAAAGGGAAGAGGAAAUACGAAACCAAUUCUGCCAAGCGACGCACGCCAGCACGUCAACACGAAGCACAGCGAUCAACACACACACACACGCACACACUGCGAGAAAAUAUAUAUUUAAAGUUUAAUUAAUCGAAAAGGAGAACGUUUCAUUUUUUCUCUUCCAUCGCUGAAAGGAUCCUAAACCGGAAGCGCUCAUCUCUCUCUCUCUCUUCGUUGUUACUACGGGAUUGUUUUUCUUCCUUUUAUGACUGUGUUCUGAACACAUCUCUCUUUGUUUUGUUGGCUUUUUUACGUGUGUUGUUUUGAGUGGCCGUGUUCACGCCACCUCCCUCGCUACCUAUAGAGACCAAAUUAUCUACUCUCUUCUCUUUUCCUUUUCCUUUUCCCCCCUCUGUGCCGUCGCUGCCUUGCUGUGAACCCUUGUCUGCUUGCGUGAAUCCCCUUCGCAUUUGUGUGGGAACCGCUUCUUUUUGGUCUUCUUCUCCGUCUUCUUCUUCACUUUGCCGUUGUUUGUUUGAUUGUUUGAUAGUUUGGGGAGUUUUCAGUGUGGUGUCCCGUCGCCGCUGCCACCGUUUCUUUCGUUGUUGUCGUUGUUCUUUCUCUGGAUUUUUGUUUUAUUUCAACUGAAGCGCCGCCUUUUUGACACGCGGCACGCACGCACAUAACAAGGGAAAAGGAAAAAGAUUUCAUAUUACCCCGUCAAAGACAGAAAAAUAAUAUAAUAUACAAGAACAAGGAGAGAAGAGAAUCACUCUGAUAGAAAGCUCCCCUCGACGACCAACGGCGGUGCACACGGCAGUCGUUGAAACAGCGGAAGGAGAGGAAGAAGAGCGCGCUUGGUUUUCUUUGUUUUGUUUUUCUGAUUGGUUUCUUUUGCUCCUUCAAGCAACCGUCGGUCAAGAGCUGGCCGGUGUUUUGCGUGUGGCGGAAUACUCGCUGCACAUCGUCUUGAGAGAAAUAAGAAAGGAAACAAGAAACCCUCUGUUAUUGUAAGGGGGGGGGUUAUUAGUAUUAAUAUUAUUUUCUUCGACGACAAGCACACUACAUUCAUCCGAUAUACUUACUUUUUUUUUCUUAUAAUCAUGGAGAGCAACACGUCAUCCACGACGUUGUCGUCGUCGUCGCCGUCGCGGCCCUCCGCCGCCUCACCCACAUCCCACACGUCUGCCUCUCCGGCUGUCAUCUCUGCCGAGGCCCACGUGGAGGCCGUUCUCACCGGCAUGAACCGAUUUGCGGCGCUGAGCAGGGCCUUUGUGAAGCCCAGCGGUGCCACCACGGCAUCGGCGGCGUCUGCCUCACACAGAGACGGUGGAGGAGGCCCAACAGCAACAGCGGCGGGCGGUGGACCGGCUGGGAGUAUUACGCCGGUGCUUCUUCCAAGCGGUGGCUCGAAGACGGCGCCGGCGCUGGCAGCGGGCACGUCGUUGCUAGACCGCAUUCAGCCGGCGCUGCCUGGGUCGUCAUCGUCUUCGCCGCCCUCGGCAGAGUCCGCACCUGCAGCACCAUCAGCAGCAGCAACGCCUUCCCCUCUAAUGAACGGGCACGCAAAUCCGCAGAAGAAUGCAGGUGGCCCCUCGCUCGGGCACGUCGGCGGCAGAGAUAAUUUGGUAGGAUCGGCACCACCGACCCCCACCGCAGCCGCCACAACAGCAACAACGACAACGACGCCGGUCUCGAAGCUGUACCGCCCCCCACACGCGCGCGAUGAUGCGUCUCGGCACACAACGCAGUCGCAUUCCCAAGCACCGAUAGCGUCUUCGUCGCCGACGGAGCAGCACGCAUCUCCCACUGCGACUCCGGCGGCGGCGACCACGAUCGUCCGCUCACCAGCUUUUUCACCAGAAAGCAGUGGCGCUUUCAACUCCCGUAGCACGCCUGGUGCUGCUGCUGCUACUUCAACGGCAAGAAAUCCAUCGACCUCCUCCGCGAAAUCGCCACCUGCAUCUGCAGCGCCAGCGACAGAGACAGCGACGGCAGCGUCCACAUUGAAAGGAGUUUCGCCCAGCUCCACGCUAACCACGCCAACCGUUACCAUGGCCGCCCGUCUGCGAGAGGGCACCGCCGGCACUGCCGCUCUGUUGCCGCCGAGUGUAAAUGAGGUAAAUGCCGCAAGCAAAUCUGGUGCCGUGAACUCGCAUGGUGGUAGUAGCAGCAGUAGCGCCCCGCCGCAUGGGCACGAGCAGCAGCAGCAACGCCAUCGUGAUGCUUCGGCCCACUCACACCAUUCACUUUCACUCGCAGAGGCCAGUGGCGGUGGUGGUGGUGGUGGGUCGUCUUACGUGGCGGUGGCACGACGUGCAGGCGGUGUCGCUGCGUCUGCGGCAGCGCGGCACACGCCCGAAAAGCACAGCAUGCCGCCAGCCUCGUCGCCCUCGACUGCGCAGGCUUCGACUUCGGAGCCAGACACCGCACGUGCGACGGCAGAUACCGCCACUACAGCGAUUACCCCUAAUACUUCUUGUACUCCUACUAAUGUUGAUACAUUGUCUGCACUGUUGGAGACUCUCACCGCGGAGGAGUUUUGCGGACCGAGUCAGUCGCGAUCGGCUAAGCGCAAACGGAAGCUGCGAGCGAUGAAGGCAGCCGCCAACGCAGCAGGAGCAGCGGUGGUGGAAGCGCAGAUGAGCGAGAUGCCGGUGCCCGCUGUCACACCCAGUAUCGAAGCCGCUGUCGGGGGUGCAGCGGACGCUGGGGAAGAGGCUGGCAAGCAACCACAGGUCCCUGUAUCCGCCAGAGCAACAGCCGGUACGGUGGCUGCGGCUGUUGCGGCGGCGAACACGUGUGGGUUAAGUCGUCGUCCUGGCUGGCAUCCGUCCCUCGCCGUUGCCGCUGCAAUGGUGAGCAGUGAAACGAUGGCAGAGAUGGCGGCAUCGGCAGCAGCAGCAGCGGCGGCGGGCUACGUAACGCUGCGUUCUGCGAAUACCGGAGUCAGCAGCAGCAGCAGCAGCAGCAGCACCAACAAGAUUAAUAAUAACAGCAGUCUCGCUGGGGAAGCGAUGAUGAACUACGGAGGGCAUCACAUGAACCCUCUUGCGGCAGCAGCAGCAAGUUCAAUCGCGACGAGCAGCGCCGGCGAGUCUCCGGUACAGGAGCUGGUGGGCCCGAACGCGCAUCCCAUGCAGCAGCAUCAUUAUCCGAUGUACAACGCCUACGCCUCGCCUGCUGCUCUGCAGCCGCAGUUGAACUAUUACAACUCAGCGGGUAUUCUCACUUCACUGAGACCACAUCAGCAGCAGCAGCCGUUGCCGUUGCCGGCCGUAGAAAGCACGAGCAGUCACGGCGGUGGUAGCGCUUACCGAGGCAGCGGUGCCGCCGGGACAAUGUUCGACCCAUACACCACGUCUGCCGCCACGACAGCGUCACAAGAGCCAUCGCCGACCUCCACCACAGCAGCGACAGCAGUAGUUGCGGCGGGUCCGACGCGUGGCGGAGGGCUGCACCGCGGUCGAGGUGCCGAGGUCCUUCACGCGUCAUCGAACGCAGCCGCGAAGGUGACAAGUAACGUCGCCUCCACUGGGUCACCAACACCGCAGCAGCAGCAGCAGCAACAGCAAUUACCGCACACCGCCUCCAAUAACGCCACGACAUCAACCGCAACAGCAGCGCGCGUCCCCGCGCUGUCGUCGUCGUCAUCGUCGAGCUCGAUGUUGCAACUGCAGCGCGGACAGCUCCCCACGAUUCGCGUCGGUGCGGCUGGUACCUUGGUGCAUUCUCCGAUGCACGGCCCCCACGCCGGCAGCGGUGGGAGUAGUAAUGCGGCGGUUGCUGCGGGGGGCCUCUCUGCUUUCGUGGAGAGCCCAACGCCUGUUCAGGGCGGCAGCGGUGUAUCACGACAUCACCACCAUCAACACCACUCGCCGGUCACGUUUGCCCCUCCAGCGGGCAGCGCACCACAUGACCGGACGUCAUCGUCGUACAGCGGAAACAGCAGCGGUCCCGCCACCACACGCACGAACCCACACCUGCGUGGCAGAGGCGGGGAGAUCACCGCGGAGGACGCCAACGCGGCGCAGAGUGGUAACGAGUAUGGCGGACAUGCAUUUCAGCAGCAGCAGCAGCAGCAGCAGUCGCCGCAAGAUCAGGCACCGGAACUGCAAUACGCAGAGGAGUGGUCGUCGUCUCCGUUCCCGACGUCGACGCUGCACGGCGCCAACGUUGGCUGGAGCGGCUCAGCUAACACGAAAACGAAUGUCAGCGGCAGCGCAAAAGGACAGAAGACGAAUACGGGUGGAGGCAGCAACAGCAGCAGCAGCCCGAAUCGCACCAACAGCCGGGGGCCCAACACGAACCCUGGCAGCGCGAGUCACCACCAAACGAGCAGUACCAAUGCGGCGGCUCAGCAGAUGUACAACGCCAAUGGCAGCCCUGCAAUGAUGGGCGGCCCAGGGAUGAACACGUACAACAGCAACUUCAGGAACGCCAGCGCUGGUGGUGGUGGUAGUGGAGCUGGCGCGGCACAGGGUGGUCGCUACAGUGCAAAUCACCAUCAGCAUCGCCAUCAGCAGCAGCAGCAGCAGCACAGUAACAACUACAUGAACCCGGCUCUCUACACGGAUCAGAUAGCGAGCGGUGGGAUGAACAGGAACACUCCGAGUGGGAUGAGUCACCGUCGAUCCGCCGUGCUGCACAGCAACAACAGAAAUAGUAGUGCGCUGCGGUGUCCGAUGCCGUACUACGAUUUCAUCACGGUGCUGCCGACCUUUGUGUCUACCUGCUUGACGCUGCAACCCGAGGACGAGGCGGCGCGGGAGCAGCUGUGUUGGACGAUUGAGGCGGUGCUUCGUCACAGCCUCACCAAAAAUGCGGAGCUACGCGUGCACGGCUCGAUCACGACGGGGCUGGCCCUGCCCUCGAGCGACGUGGACGUGCUGGUUGUUGGCUACCAGCCCAUCGCCCCGUUGGAAGCGCUGCAGAUGUUAUCGCAGGCGCUAAUUGAGCUCGACGACGCAAGUUUGAAGGACGCGUUGGAGUUUCAGGAAAGCGUCGAGCAGGAAAAGCACCGACAGAAGCUGGCGGAGCAGCAGCAGGGAAAUGGGGGUGCGGGUGACACACAGGCACCUGCAUCGACGAGUGCAGGCACACAAGAGAACCCUUCCUCUACCUCGCUCACAGAGCAAGCCGAUAAGCAGGAGAAGCCCUCGAACAGCAGCAACAGUACGACAGCACACAGCAGUACUGAUGCGUCAAAGGAAGAGGACAACAAUGCGACGGCAGACAACGGAGAAGUCAGCAGGCUUUCCACCAGCGCUUCGCCAAGCACCGUGGCAGAGAACAGUUCUGUGGCUGUCUCCGGUAUUGCCGUACCACCGACGACAUCCCCCUCCACUGCUGCGAGUGCGGGAACGGCGGAGUCGGUUGACACGCCGUCGCAGCGGCCCUUCGGCUACGCCCUCGACGGUCGCAAGGCCUUCCUCACGGCCACCACCGCGCUGCUCGCGGCGGGCGACGACGAUGACGACGCUGUGGUGGUGGGACACUACGGAGCCGGCACCAAGGCAGCGAAACAGGUCAAGGAAGGAGUAGCAAGAGGAGCGGCAAGGGCGCACUGCACUACCACCACCUCCGCCACCGCAGCGGCUGCUGGGCCGGCGAGGCGGGGCUACGGCGACUUCGACAACAUCGCCGCGGAGGAGACGGAGGUUUACGGCACCGUCGACGACGUCGAGCAGGCAGAGGAGGUCUUUCGCGACCAGAUCGAAAAGGACUACAGCUUCAGCACCACGUUGGACGUCUCCACGUUAUUUGCCCCCCUGAUGGGAGGCAGCAGCAGCAGCGGUGGCGGAGUUGGUGGUGGGGGUGGCGGAUUGACAUCACCAAAGAUGCCGUCGUCGCCGUCCCAGUUGACCGGGUCGUUGUCGCGGCCGCCGUUCUCCGCGCCGGCCUCUGCAACUCGAGACAGGGCGAGUGCGGCUGCGGCCGCCGUGACGACGACGGCAACGGGAACCGCCACCGCCAGCGAUGCCCGCCUUUCCUCCUCCUCGUCGACGGCAUCGUCCACGUCGGCUCACUCCUCCGACACCUCUUCCGCGACGUCUUCGCCUUCGUUUUCCGCUUCGUCUGCUAGGGAUGCAAGUGCCCCUGCGGGCGGCACGAGCGGCGGGGGAAGCGCUCGCAAGACGGCGAGCGCGCACGUGCAAGGCGAAGAAGAAGCAGGGAGGCACGAAAAGCAGCAGCACCGCGGAGUUGACGCCGGCACCCCACAAGCAGCAACAGAGACACAAGCGACGAGGACGCGUUCGGAGGAAGGCGAGGUCGCCACCGCAAAGGAAAAGGUAGCGGAGUCGACAGCAGCAGCAGUCACUGUCAUCACUAGCACCGCCGAUGCCACCGCUGCAGCGACGACUGCUGCGCCCACCACAACAACAUCAGCAACAGCAGCGGCUGCGCAAAGGCCCUCCAUCAUCAAGAAAGGCGCGCCGUCGACUACGGUGCUGGACCCGCCCGUGGGCGGCCGGCCCGGCAGUCACCUCACCUUUGUCCCGGUGCACGACGGACAGUUCUUCUACGUGCAGGCGAUCACGGCGACCCGCGUGCCGGUCAUCAAGCUCACCGACAAGGCUACCGGGACGAAGGUCGACAUCACUUUCGCGGGUGGGGAGCACUGGCGCUCCAUGCAGCUCACGCGGUCGCUGCUCGACGUCUUCCCGCAGGCGCGGCCGCUCAUCCUGUUAUUGAAGUUCUGCGUCCGAAGCCUCGGCAUCGGCGAGAGCGAGCCGGGCGGGGUGACGUCCUUCACGAUCUAUUUGAUGGUUCUGCACUUCUACAACGAAUGCCGCAAGCGGGUCCUUUUGAUUUUGCAAGAGCGCGAGGCCGCCGCCCUAUCCGCCGCCGCAGCAGCAGCAGCGGGACCAUCAGCGACGACCUACAACGACAUGGUGCAAGCAACCUCUCCACACGCGCACGCCGCUCGUGUGGAGGACAACACGGUGCGCAGCGCCACCCCCCUGCCGCGUCUCUCCGCGGUAGAGGAGCAGCAGCCCAGCGGUCGUGGUGCUGCUCCAUCCCCCACGGGGGCCUAUUCCCAACCAGCCGCAACGGCAUCACCCACCAUAACAGCAGCAGCAUCGACGACAGCGACAGCGACAACGGGACCUCCGCUUGAUCUCGGCCUGCUGGAAAGCUUCCUGGGUGAAUACCUGGCACGUGUGGAGCAGCGGCACGCACAGAUGUUAGAGGCGAAGACGGCAGAAGCAGCGGCAGCGAACAGCACUGCAGACGCGACAGCCGCGGUGACAGAUAUGAAUGCACCACCAGACAACGCAGAGCACGAUCAUGACAAGGAAACGGCGACGUCCACCGCUAUUUCUUCUCCCUCUUCGCCGUCCGCCGUCACACACGUCAACGAGCGGGGUAGUCGGAGUAGCAGCGUCGGUGCGUGUGCGACAAUUCGGGCAGCCUACGGCAGCGCAGACAAGGCCCACCUGCAGCUCAUCCGAGAGAUGAUUCUCGGUUUCAUCGGCAAGCCCAGCGCGGCGUUGACCGGGGUGGUGCCGGGUCCAUCGAAUGCCUUUUCCAAGGAGGACAGUAGAGAGGAACAGCCACCGCCCCAGCCACCACAUUCGCAGCGAAACCUUCCAGCAUCCGUGACCGGUGUGGAGGACAGUUCGGGUGCUGUGCUGGGUGACAGCAGCGCCCCUCUGCCGCCGGGCGUAGCGGCAGCAGGAGUGCCAGAUGGGGACGUGAACAGUCACACCGACAGCGGUCAGGACAGCCGUGGACGACACGCACCGCGGCUGCAUCAUUACUUGUUAAAGAUGGUAGAGCCGCAGCCGCACGAGCUGAGUCCCGGCGCUGCGGAUGCCACCGUUGCCGCAACGGAAGAGAAGGAAGCUGCAGGACGGGACACGGAGGAGGCAGACGGCGCGGUGGCGGCUCCACACAUCGCCAGCACACCACAGCAGAAGGAGGGGAGCCGCCUGGCGGAGUUGGCCGAGGUGGGUGUGAGGGACGAAAGGGCGGAGGGUACGGCGGCGGAUGCGGGGAAGGAAAGCCGCGCCGCUGUUGAUGGUGAAGGGGCGGGCGACACGCACGCCGUCAGCAUGGAGACGACAAGAGAAGAAGAAGAAACGGCGGAUGCGGCCAGCGACGGUCGAGCCACAACGGCAGCAAUCCAACCGAAUGCGGACAGCAAACAAGACGACAAUGCGGAGGAUGCGAUGACUGUCUCCAAGCACGAUGCGAAUGAAGGAGCAGCAGAAGAAGGGGAGCCCCUUCCUCCAUCAUCACCGCCGCCCCAGUCAUCCUCCGUCGAGGCCUACGAAAAGUUCGCGGAAGACUUCCUUCAACGGCAGGUCAAAGUCUCCGACGCCUUCCUCGACUUCUGCCACUACUACGGCUGCGCCUUCGACUACGAAGCGGGUGGCAUUCGCUUCUCCAUCGACGGCAGCUCGGAGGUGGUGGAGAAGCCGUGCCUGUGCUCUCGCAGAGGUCAGCACUUCCACCUCACCUCCCCCUUUGAUCCGGAGUACGACCUGACAGCGCGCAUGACACACAUGCGGGACUUUCAGUGGCUGUGCUGGUGGUUCACCGAGUGGGGCGCCGCCCGGCAGUCGCCCAUGUACUACGGAGGCUGCAGCCUUCAGUACGUCCUGCAGUGCCUUUCCCCGCAGACCGCCGACGCCGACUGUCAGGCCGUGCACCAGACACUGAUGGAGGAGGCCUACGCCGUCGCACAGGCAGCUGCCCAGCAGCGCCGUCGCGAGGAUGCAGGGGGCAUGGGCGGCGUUCAAGCACCGAUGCACUACCCUGCACAGCAGCCACCGCAGCAGCAGCAGUCUUAUCCUUCGCAACAACCGCAGUCGGGCGUGGGUGUGAACGGAGGCGGGAUGCCCAACGCGGCACAGCAGCAGGAACAACAGCAAGAGAUGCAGCAUGCAAGUACGGUGAUGAUGAGCAACAGACCUGCAGGGGACGACUUCGUGGCGGACACUCAAAACCACAGCAACAGCCGCCGCCAGGAUUCAAACCCCGAAGCUAUCCUCAUGCAGCAGCAACAGCAGCAGCAAAAAUAUGCGGCGAUGUCAUCCUAUGGGCAGCAAAGGACGACCGAUCUUCAGUUUCAGCAACAGCAGCAGCAGUACCACUUCUCUCCCACCGGUGCCCCUGUUGCCGCAGGGGCGGCAGCAACAACAGCGACAGGGAUGCGCAACGACAACAACGCAUCUUCUUGCGGCGGGGCGGACGCGCCGACUACGUUCCUCUACGACACUAGCAGUCCACAUAGCCAUCAUUACCACUACCACCACAACGUCAGCUCAGGUCUUGUUGAGCGCUCCGACAGCAGCCAUCCCACGGCGGAGUCGGUGCGCACCGACGGCGACGCCAGCGCGCGCUGCCACCGCCAGGCGUCGUUUCCGUCCCUGCAGCAGCUGCCGUACGUUGACUCACGCGAAACACUGGAGGGCUUUGUGGCCUACGGCGCGCCGCCGGCCACCGCGCCGACAACAACAUCCCACAACCCGAACGUCGUCACGCGGGAGGGGGAGGGGGAGGGGGGUGAAGUUGCAAUGACGUUCCACGUGAUGAGUGACGGCGGGACAACGACAUCGGCGGGUAGCACCCGCGAGGAUGAGCACACGAGCAAUGAUAAAAGCCCGCUGGAUGGAGUUUCCAGUGAAGACGCGGCACAGCAGGCAGCGGAGAACGUGGAUAUCGACGAUGCCAUUGUGUUUGACGAAGACGCGGACGCGGACGCUGCCGUGAUGGCGGCGAUGCCGCAUGAUAAUGUCAGCGACCACGGCAGCAUCAACAACGGUGGCGGCGGCACACAAGGAAGCGUGCCGAUGCCGAUGUUCGCCGGUGGCUACCCUCAGCAGACUUCACAGCAGGCGUACGGUAGACCGUACGGAGAGGAAAUGGUGUAUUACGACAUGCAGCAACAGCCGCCACCACAACAGAAUCAGCAGACGGCCCAAGCAACUGCGUUCUACUAUCAAGCCUAUGCGAACAUGAACAACGCCUACAUUCCACAGCAACCGCCUCAGGCGCAGCAGCAACCGCAACAGCCGUAUAGCAUGGCUGCCGCACCGAACUUUUAUGCCUCACCCCAGGCGAUGCUCUACCCCUCCCAGCAGCUAGCCUAUCGGCAGCAACCACAGCAAGCGGUAGCAGCGACGUCGAACUCGACUAACUACCCUUUUCCACUCCUGCAUUACGACGUUCAGCAGUACCUGUGGAUGCAAGAACAGCAGCAGCAGCAGCUUCAGCAGCAGCAGCAGCAGCAGCAAAAGACAGAAGCUGCGCGGAGUAGGCUGUCUCAUGAGCAGGGCGCUGAGGGGAGUCCCGCGAGCAACGCCGCCGCGGCCGCGCUGUCGCCGGCUUCCCCGGCAAUCAUGCCUGCUGGACCGACAAAUACCGCCCCUCCGCCACCGCAACAACAGAAACCGCAACAGCAGCAGUACUACGCUGCCUACGCCGCGUACCCGAACGUGUAUAACGAAGCCGUCUGGAAUCCCGCAGUCGCUGGAGGUGGUGGUGACGGGGGAGGAGGGGGACAGCCGACCGUACCGAUGACGGGGCCGUACCCACGGCCCGCCAACCCAUCGAUGAACUACGCAGGUCGUGGAGGAGCGAGGGAGAGUACAACGCAACAGUAUCCGCAGCAGCAGCAGCAGCAACAAGGUGCGCGCGGCGGUCACUCACGCACUGGGCCGCGUCGGCAGGUCAGCGCGCAUGAAACUCGUGGCGCAGCAGCAGCCUUCGCGCCUCAGCAACAGCAACAGCAACAGCAACACGCCCACCAUCCACGUCAGCCUUCGAAGACGCGCCACCAGCCGUCGUCAUUGCCAUCGUCAUCGCCAGGCUCCGUGGACCCCGCGUCCCACGCAGCAGCCGCCCCAGACGGGCACGAUGGCCAAGGACAGAGCCGCGACGUUGGAGGGCGUGGUGGCGCCCCGGUGAGCGGGCAGCGUGAGCAGCACAAUCAGGGCGGCAGUCCAGCGGUGGACUCGCUCUCGCCAGCGCCGACGGCAGAGCCGCGGACACGCACGUAG